UGCGCUUCCGUAAUGCUCUAAUCACCACUUGAGUGCUUUUUACACAAUUGGCAACCCUAUCAGCGUGCAGUAACUUUGCACGCGCUCGAUUUGAAUUCGUUUACAAUUGCCACGCGAGAUGUUUAAGCCCGCGCGCGCAUCGAAAACAUAUGGUUCGUUAGAAAAUCGUUAGGAACCUCACUGCUCCCACAGAGAUAAGACUCACAAGUGGUUUAAGCAAGUCGGACAAAACGUGCUUUAAAAGAAUGGAAAAAGCAUUUAACUUCAAACUUCUAGUACCUCCAAGAACCAGGCUUGGUCAGGUAUCAGCCGUAAAACCUCAGGAUCCUGGACUGUGUGAAGAAAACAGCAGCUUUAUGGCACAAGUUCAGAGUUUCAAUAAAUAUUUUGAAAACGAGACAAAUUCAAAUAUCAAGAUGGUGUUGCCUACAGAGUCUCCAAGUGCAGAGGUCACAAAGAGGAUUGCUGUAAUGCCAUUAGACAAAGAAGAGCCACCAUUAAGAUCCAGUCAGGUGUAUUCUAAAUUGUUUGAAGAGGCUGAAAAAAUAAAAGCUUGGAAAUUAAAAAUGGACUAUGAUAUAUCACAAAAAGACAGAAAGCUUCAGGAGAAUCGAAAAACAAUUGAGACACAACGCAAAGCCAUUCAAGAACUUCAGUUUGAAAAUGAGAGCCUGAGCAUGAAAUUAGAUGAACAACUAAAUGAAAAUGAAGAUAUUAGAAAUAAAAGCAAUGCAACAAGAAGUUUGUGCAAUAUUCUGAAGGACACUUUUGAAAGGUCUACUGAGAAAAUGAGCCUUUUUGAAGCAGAAAGAGAAGAAACUCAUGGUCUCUUCUUGCAAAACCAUGAAAACAUUCAGAGGAUGGUUGUUGCAUUUGAAAAUCUCCGGCUGCAAGCAGAAGCUGAUCAGCUAGAAAUGUUAAAAGCUAAGGAAGGCCUUAAACAGUUUGAGGACCUUAAAGUGAAAUUUGACAAUGAGUAUCACACAAAAGAAAAGAAGGUUUCCCAGCUUGAAGAAACGCUGAGAAAAACUGAAAGUCAACUUACAGAAACAGUAGUCAAACUACAAGAAACUCAGAAAAACAUCAGUCAACUCCAGGAUUCUGAAAGCCAGCAUCUUGAAUUACUUCACAAAUAUAAACAAGAAAAUGCUACACUGCAGGAAAAUCUACAUAGAGAAGAACAGCUCAGGCAGGAGAGUGAGGAAAACCAAAAAACAUUAGUUAACACACUUGAACAAACCAAAGAGUUGUAUAUAAAGAACCUUUUGGAGAAAGACAUAAAUAUUAAAGAAAUAAAUACUAUUAAAGAGCAACUGGCACAUCAAAUUGGAGAGAUACAAGAGACAGCAGAUUCCUUACAGUCCUCUUUAAAAUCGGAGAAAAGUAGGGUUCGAGAACUUGAAUCAGGGCUGAGCUCAGUAUCUCAGGAGCUCUCCACCAAAAGCAAAGAAUUGGGAGCAAUAAGAGAAGUGAAAGUGGAGUGUGACAGGCAGAUACAGGCUCUGAAAUUUGAAAUGGAAACAAAGGAAAAGGCCUUUCAGUCUUUGGAGGAAAAGAUAAAAGCAGAUGAAGGACACAUUCUUCAGCUGACUUCAGAACAUGUAGAAAAUCAAGCAGAAAUAAACAAAUUGAAGGAAAAACUGCAGAUUGCUGAAGUUGAAAACAACAAAAUGGUGGCUACCUUGGAAGUCACUAGAAACGAGCAAACUGUUUUGAAGGAGCAUUUUCUUCUGAAAGAGGUCAAACUGCAUGAGAUUGAGGGGCAGUUAUCAGAAGCACUGAAGAAAGAUAGUGAAUCAUCUAAUAAAAUUGAAAGAUUGCAAAAGGAUAUAAGUAAAUACAAGGAUAUAUAUGAUGAUCUACUGGAGAGAUUUAAUCAGCUUCAAAAGAACAUUGUACAAGCAGACCAUCACCCAAAGGAAGUUACAGAAACUGUGGAAAAAAUGAAAAUGGAAAUAGGACAACUUGAGGUGGAAAAACAACAGUUACAAAAGCAGUUGGAAGUACUAAAUGCAAAAAUUGAAGAGCAACGUCAAGAGAAUGAGAAUAUCCAGGAGCUGUUAAAAGAAUCUAAGAAAAGCUCACAGAAUAAGCUAAUGAAGAAAGAAAGACAAGUCAAAGCACUGGAAGUAAAGAUCACAAAUCUAAAAACAAAAUUGGAGGCCAAAUCCAAGACUCAGGACGAAAAUCUAAAAGAAAUAGCUAAAUUAAAAGGAGAAUUCCAACACAUGACAGACCACCAUGUAGAAGAGUACAAGAGAAUAUGUUCUGAACUGGAAAACAAAUCAGCAUCUGAGGCUGAGCUUAAAAUGGAGGUUCAGAAGUGGAAGCAAACAUCGCUGGAAGCAACAAAGUGCAAGGAAGACACUGAACUCAAAUUCCAGCAGAAGAUAGCUGACAUGGUUGCUUUGAUGGAAAGGCAUAAGCAUGAGUAUGACAAAAUGGUGGAAGAAAAGGAUGCUGAACUGAAUGAGAAAAGAAUGCGAGAAGUUGAAGUUAAUGCAAAUAAAACCUCAUUGGAGCUGGAGCUGUCCUAUCUUCAAGUUGAAAAUGUACAACUAAAACAACAACUUGAUGAAAUAAAUAUUGAAAAGGAAGAUCUGCAGCAGCACGUGCAAGAACUUACUAAGUUGCAGACAUCUCAGAAGGAUAUUUACAAAAAGAAAGAGGAGUGUCUAGAACAAGAAAUGAUAACUUUAAAAAAGCAAAUUAAAUUCCUUGAAAAAGACAAGACUCCAAAGCUGCAGACUCCUUCAAAAACUGAGAAAGGGUCUGAAAUGCCAGAUGUUCCCAUCAAAAUAUCAACCUCUGCAUUUUCAAAGAAGAGAGACCCAGCAACACCUUUUAAAUUAGAUGAGAAAAGUUGUCUUCAAACACCAUCUUGGUCUUUGGGAACAAAACCAGGAACAACACCUCGAAUAAGGUCUUUCAGAGUACGCACACCACCUUCAACAGAGAAAGCAGCGCCGUGGAAGAAAAGCACCCUGGAGCUGGAUCCCAAGUCCGAUAGCUCUGAACAAAACGAUGUACUGAGUUUCUCUACAGUGAUUAACAAGCAAGCAGAAGAACCUGGAACAGUAUGGCCAGGCUUAUUCAAGAAGGCACAGGGUUCUGCUGUUUAUAAGUCUCCUGGAGCAGCAUUAAAAUUAGCAGCUAUGAAGAGAAUGCGGGAUGCAGGUUGGGCUACCAUUACCAAUUCAGACAAGAAAAAGAAGAAAUUUACAGAAAAAAUAUUUGCUUAACCACUUUUACUAACUUAACCACUUAAUAACUUGUUUUUGGUUCUCCAGUUCAUUUCCAUUUGAGAAUAUUUAUAAAGUAUAAGAUUUUAUUUAUAUAUUAUUUAUAAAGUAUUAGAUAUAAAGGGAAAUAUGUUUUCCGGGUAGAAUAUUCCACAUUUGUUUGCUUGUGUGUUCACACUUUUGUAUAAGAUUUGAAUGUUAUGUUAAAUUUCUAAAAGUAGCAUUUCUUGUUACAGUUAUGUAUAUCUGUUUCACCUAUUAUUCUUUUCAUGAAAUAAAAAUAUUCAAACUUA